GGCGGACCCGCGGCUGCUCCCAGAGGUUUCGGCAGUUUGGCGCGGUUGGAGCUGCUGAAGCUGAGCCAGGUUUUCCGUCUGUUGCUUCUCAUUGAAAGCGGUUUUGGCGGCCAUUCCCCCAGAGUCAUGGAUAUGAAGAAGAGGAUCAACCUGGAGCUGAGGAACAGAACUCCGGCGGAUGUUAAAGAACUGGUUCUGGACAAUUGCAGGUCAAAUGAUGGCAAAAUUGAAGGAUUGACUGCAGCAUUUGAAAGCUUAGAAUUUCUCAGUAUGAUCAACGUAAUGCUGACAUCUGUGUCAAAUCUCCCAAAGUUAAAUAAACUAAGAAAGCUUGAAUUAAGUGAUAACAGGAUAUCUGGAGGCCUCGAAGUUCUGGCAGAAAGGACCCCAAGCCUUACGCAUUUAAACCUCAGUGGAAAUAAAAUCAAAGACAUCAAUACUCUGGAGCCUUUGAAGAAACUUCUGAAUUUGAGGAGUCUUGACUUAUUUAACUGUGAAGUGACUAACUUAAAUGACUACAGAGAUAGCAUGUUCAAGCUGCUCCCCCAGCUUACGUACUUGGAUGGAUAUGAUCAGGAUGAUCAGGAGGCGCCAGAUUCAGAUGUGGAGGGAGAUGGUGACUGUUUAGAUGAUGACGAAGAGGAAGAUGAUGAUGAGGAAAAUGAAGAUGUUGAAGAGGAGGAGGAGGAGGAGGAUGAUGAAGAGGGGGAAUUUGAUGUCUUGGAUGAAGAGGAUGAAGAUGAACUUGGAGAUGAUGACGAUGAUGAGGACGAAGAUAGUGCAGAAGAGGAUGAGGAUGAGGAUGAAGAAGCUGAAGAUGGUGAAGAGGAAUGCAAAGACACUGCCCAAGGCCAGAAACGAAAGAGGACCCAAGAGGACGAUGGGGAAGAGGAUACCGAAGAUGAUGAAUGAGUCCAAUAAGAUGUAUAGACUGUGACUGUGGUUGAUAUUCGCAUCAAGUGACAUUCCUCUGAGGCAGUAUCUGUAGCUAUGGCGAUGUAUAUUUAUGAAAAAUGUAAUUCAUAAGCUGUUUUGUUUUAAAGGCAUUUAUAGUAACUGACUCACAUUUCUGACAAGUUGGAUAAAGCAUCAGGUUGCUGAGGGAUCUGGAAUGUGGCCUUAGAUUGGUCAGAGUUGCCACUGUUUAAACCAAAGUGUUCCAUGAAAACUUGGGUAGUGGUGAGUUUUUUUGUUAUCUUUGUGCAGUAUCCUUCAUAAGAAGCAGUUAGCAUCCCUCCCCAAUGAACAUGUGAUCUUUUUUAGGCAAGAACUUUUCCACCAGUAUUAGUAUUUAUUCACUCCUCUCUUGCCCUCACCCCAAACACACCACGGAUCGGUAUUCCAAAGAGUGACAAAGGAGCUUGAGUAGCUGGCAUUCCUUAAUCUUUUAAGUUUGUAGAGGGAUGCAUGCGUCCAAAGCCUUAACUGGUAGAAUGUGAUGUCUUCAAAAGUAAUAAACCCAAACCAGAUCAAAUGAUUCUUGUAAUAGAUAUUCGUUUUGUUUAAAACUCACUAAGGUUAGCAGUUAUACAUUGUUAUAAAAACCUGUCUCAAACCCACUGCAUUCAGUUUGGAGUUUAUGACAUUACUGUGCCUUAUAGUGUAGUUGGUCUGGUAGACAAUGUUUUUGUUAAAUGUGGAUGGGAUUAUCCAGUUGUCGCUGUGUAUUAAUGUGUACAAUAUGAUAGCCUGUGCAAUCUGUCAGAAAUGUCUUUUUUCAAAAACCCCAGUCUCCAUUAUUGACAACUUUAUUGUUUUGGCAUUUCCAUAGCAACAGAACUGAUGCAAGAGUGGUGAGCAGAAGUGUUUUAAGAAGCUGUCUUUUUCAGAAACCUGAGUAUGAAAAUCUAUUCCAUAAUUAUAAUUAAGGUAUAUUUUGUAGUUGCAGCUGCCUGACACUUACUGGUGUUCUAACAGGACUGUAAACGUGCUGUCUAAUGUCUUAAACAUGGAUCUGGUGGAACUGUCACCAGUAGUCGAAUAGAAAUCUAAAAAGACUAUGAGUCUUGCUUCAGGUAUACCAGAUUUUCUGAAAAAGCUUGUUCAGUUUUUAAAUACAAAUGCAAAAAAAACUUAUAAGGAGGAAAGUAAAUGGCUUUCAAAUAUUUGUAUAAACUCGGUCAACAGUCUCUUUGUAUUAUAACAGUAUAUUAUGGAAUUAGUUCUAGAUACCCAUUGAAAAAUGGAUAUUUAUAAACUCUGGGACUUUUUUAAAAGAAAACUAAAUGUUGAGAUUAGAAAUAGGUAAUUUGUUACUUUUUAUUUUUAGUGUGGUGUGAAUUUUUUUAGAGCAAAAUGAAUUUGAAUAUAAAUUUUCAGUGUAGUAACUUUACAAAUGUAUUAAACUUUGAAAUGUUGCUGUUCAGGUUAUUUCUGUACAGAAAAUAAGUUCAGAAUACCGCUUUCAUGUUAAUGUAUCUAGUUUUGUUAUAAAUUUUCAAAAAUAAAUGGGUUUUUAAUAA